CUAUGAAUAACUCUAGCAAGUAAUUACAAAUGAAAUUAGUUAAAAAGACACUGUAUUAAAUACCGAAUAUUGAACCAAAAAUAACAAUCGAAAAAAUUAAGUGCACAGUUUUUAAAAUAAAUAAAUAAAUACAUUUUACAAAAGCGUCAUACGCCUAGUGUAGUUGAUUAAUAUACCUAGCACACUGUUGGAUUGUAAUUAAGAAAAGUCAUUUUUCUGUGCAAGUGGUACAAAUAAAAAUAGGCAGUGGUAUAUUGUGGACGACAGAUAACUGUGAAUGAGCGAGUGAACGAGUGUUAUCUAAUAAUUGUGUGUGUGUGUGUGUGGACGUGGGUUUGAUUACAAUGGGGUCAAGUAAUAGUAAAAGAGAGGUCUGUCUCCCGGACCCGCUGGUUGGACCGGGACGAACAAUGGUUGAUAAAUGGGGUCGCGGUGCUGUAGACCAGGUUGUUUUGUGGCAAAAAAUAGCUGAUUUUCCACUAGAAGGAACCCCGAGUGAAAGAAAGUUACAAGAAUGUAGCUCCCCUGUGUUUCUGUUGUGUUUCUGUUUCCACAGCCCCUGUUCCUCAGCCUGAUCGACCCGUCCGGGUCCGCCAACAGCUCCCGCCAGCGGCAGAGGGUCCGCCACCCGCGCCUCCGCCUCUGAUAUCCACCCCAAGCAACCCGACAGGUUUCCAAGGUGGUUCCCGGUGGACUUGAGCCCCUUGGUCGCCCCCUGGACUGAGCUAAUUAUCAUCACCAGAAUCACCUGAGACAUCAGGAUCUUCCAGCAAGCUCAUUACAUGGUCGGGACCAAAAGGCAAUCCGAACAACGCCAUUAUCAUACCCCUACCCCCCCACCCCCUGACAGCGCACCUGGAGACAAGAUGAGAUUAAAGACAUUGCUUGGAAUAUAGACAAACAUUGGAGACGUGCUUUCGUAAACACAGCGGACUCCGACCAGAACAGUCUGCUAAAAGCAGCCAUAAUAAACGGACUCUUACCUGUCCUGAAUAAACAGGCACGGGUGACAUGCAUUGAAUGGGAGACGGCUCCCCUCAUUCAGGUUCAUGAACAUUGCAAGCACACUGAAAGACAACAACAGAAGCAAGAGAGCAAUCAAAAGACAAAAGCCGAAAAAUGAGUCAAAUUGCAAGCAGCUCAGCUGGAUCAAGGCGAAGGAUCAAUCAGAGGCGGAUACCGACGCGGGCGUGGUGGGAGAGGUCGGGGAGGGUGAAGCGGAGACGGUGGCAACAGAAACUUUCAGAGCCAGAAUAAAGACACUAGUUGGUAUAAUUGUGUCCAGGAAGGACAUUUUGCUAGAGAUUGUCAGAGACAGCAGCAACAACAGCAAAACAACGGGAGUAACUGUCAGAGCGCUCCCCCACCGCAAGUAUCACCAUACAGAACAGAAACCAGAAUGAAGCGAGGCAAGGACAGCUGACACCAACAUUGGUUAGCACAACCUCCAUUUAACGAAACAAUUACGUGCACAGCAGUACGUGCUUACUUUUUCUAAACCACAAGAAGCCCCCACCGUUGAUCUCUUCGUGAAUGGUACUAAUUGAAGACAAUAGAAUGGAUCUCCUGAAGAUGAAUUAUGAAACAUCUGAACUGAAGUGCAGAAAAGAGUUUGACAUACUAAAGUUAAAAUGCAUUGGACCUGUCACUAACUAUACUGGCAAAGAGGCACUUGCAAAUAUGAAGACUCAGAUCAAGCAGCUGAUAAAUGAAUAUCAACAGCUUACAGAUUUGGGUCCUGCAAAAGAAAAAAUAUUCCUUGAACUCUGUGAGACAGAAUUAGUUGUUUUGAUGACAGUUGCUUAUCAGGCAACAGUUAGUUACAUGGAACAACAGUAUGCAGAAAGGAAGGGAAGAAUACUAAUUUUUGUGGAAGAGCUUAAGAAGACUGCAGAGAUCAUGGAUAAACUUCAAAUGGACUCCACCAUAGCAAAUGUAGCUGGAAGUUCUGUUGCUGUAGCUGGAAGUAUUCUAACCAUAACAGGGCUGGCACUGCUUCCCUUUACAUUUGGAGCCUCUGCUAUACUAACUGGUGUAGGGGUUGGGGUUGGUGUUGCUGGGGGUGUUACCACUGUCACUGCAGACAUAUGCAGGAAUGUUAAAAAUAAAGAUUUGAACAAUGAUGUUAAGGAUGUACAUGAAAAAAUUGUGCAGGACUUAAAAGAGAUUGCAGAACUCUUGGAAUAUGUAUGUGGCCAACUUUCAGAGGAGAAGGAAGUAGGUGAUAUUAACUGGAUGAAUCAUGUAUACAGGAUCUUUGCCAUAGGUAAUUUUGUAGGAGUGCUUGAUGACAUUGUAGCUGUAGGCGCUAGAGUAGCUGCUAACGUUGCCAGAGUAGCAGGUAUAGUGUUGGCUGCACUUGUGAUAGUGCUGGAUUCAUUUGCUAUUAUUAAGAAGUCUAUUGAAAUCCAUGAGGGAUGUAAAACUGAAAGAGCAAAAGAGAUCCGUGAUCUGGCUCAAAGUAUAGAAGAAGAACUAGCAAAAGUAGAGGACUGUAUCGCACAAAUGAAAAAUCCAAAAAAGUUUCAGGCAAACCAACUCUCUCUGGACUUCCAGGAGCCUUCUUGAUCCGCAUUCACCCUUCCUCCUCCCGAAAAUUAUAGAAAAUCUCCCAGAAAUAAAUGUACCCUCCCUAUAUCUUUAAGACAUUGUUGUAUUUACACACAUAUCAAAUAGUUGAGGCAAACAGGUUACAGGCAUAAUAAUAGUUUUGAGUGUUGGUUGGUCAGUGUCCAUCAAUGCUAUAGUGUAUAGCAACAGCCAUGGUUUUGAAGGCAGGAGAUGGAUCGUAGUUGUAAAAUAGUGUCAAAAGAUAAAACUGGAACUCACUCUGGUGAUGAACCCCAUUGCUGAAAAGCAAAAUGAAAAAGAUUAUACAAAAACAUAACUGUGUAUUAUCUUGUCCCAUGUUGUUUGCUUUAUUUGAAUAGUGCAGAGUUAAUGGUUGGCUUCAGCGAGUUUCAUUCAGAUAGUAAUAAAUGUAUAAAAUGUCAGUGUUUGCUUUUGAUUGAUAAUUUACUUCUAGGGGGCGUUUUUGGGAAAAAAUCCUUUUUGCC